AUGUGGUAUGAAAAUGACUACAUUCUUCAUGGAAUGUUUCAGAAUUAUCUAUAUAUGCUACUCAUACUACUAUGAUUCUUUAUUCUCAGAUAUGCACUCAUCUACUACUGUGAGAAAAUAUGGGUUGUGAUCCAAACAAGUGACAGUAAAUAUCUUAAAGUAAAUUUGCAUGAACACCCUGCAAAAGUGCAGAUGAUUAUCGACCAAGUGCUUCAAAAAGAUCAUUCCUAUACGUCUGAAGACGGAUCAAUGUACAGUUCAGAUACCAGUAGUCUGAAUACUCCUCUGAUGAGCAAGCAUAGUGGAAAUGCGAAUAUAGAAUUUCAUGAUAUCCACAAUUACUUUAGUGAUGAUUCAGAGGACCUUGUGUUGAGGAAAAGGCAAUCAAGUAUUCCUUUAGCCCAAGAAGGAAUGUCUCAGAACACUCCAAUGCUUCCCUUAAUCCUCGCUCAAGAGCUUGAGGAGAAAGAAUUAAAGGCAAGGCUACAAAAGCAUGAUGUGCAUCAAAAAGUUAGGUGGUGCAAACUUCUUCUUAAGAUUUCAAAAAUUUUGAAAUGGUGAAUAAUCUUGAUGGUUUGAGUCCUGUUUCUGCCAAUCUCAAUGUACUCAAUAGUUGAGUUUUAUUGGACUAUCUUGAUCUCCUUUGUGAUUUUAAUAGCUUGAUACUUUGAUCAAAUUUAUAGCGAGAAUAAGUUUGUAAUUCUUGACAUUGAGUUAAAUUUUGAUCCAGAGUCUUCUCAUAUCUAUGAGCCUGAUGUUCCAAACAUCAACCAGUUCACCAUGCGAUCCCUCAAGAAGACGCUAUCUUUCUACAUUACUGAGAAACCUACUGCUUUCAUGCUCGGAUUGACUCUAAUCCUGAUUUAUUCAUUUCUCUUUCCGUUCAUUUCAUCUGACUUAUGUGUGGGAUUAUACGAUCAGUCUGAGGGAUUAGUGUUCAAUGAUGUUGUAGUUUCCACUUAUUUCAGUAGGUAUUUGGAUAAAUAAGUUGCUUCACUCUGGAGUAUCUCAUACAUACCUGACUCUGUCAGGCACUCCCAGCACAAGCAUGAUUAUUAAUUAUCAUAUUUCAGGUGAGACCUGAAAAGACCCAGUAAAAUGCGACCUUGAAAUCCAGUAUUGGCCUCAAGGAGAAGAAAAUAUCAAAAUGGAUAUUAAAGGUGAAAAUGUACCGUAUAAUCCUCCUGAGAAGAAAGCAGCCAGACUUGUUUACUCUACCAAGGUAGAUGGACUUAAGCCAGAUACUAUUUACGAAUUUAGAGCUGUUUAUAAUGACUAUUCUACCAAUCUGAGAGAGAUUGCUGAUAUCAAAAAGUUCAGGACUUUUCCAGAUGACCCGCAGCAAAACCAAGAUUUCACAGUAGUAUUUGGAGGGAGUGUUGGAAAUCUUGACUUAAGCAUCCAGAUGCAUAAAACCAUUUCUAAGCUAAACCCCUAUGCAGCAUUUAUUGGAGGAGAUAUAGCCUACGAUAGUGGAUUUAAUAGAUGAUAUUGACUCUGGGACCGGUUCUUAUACAAUUGGCAAAGAUAUAUGGUCAGAGAAACUGAUGGAGCUAUUAUUCCAAUAGCUACAACUAUAGGCGAAAAUGAUAUAGGAAGGAGUGCAUUUUCUACGUUAUCAGAGCCUAAUAAAAACAGCUUAAAUUAUUUCAUCUUCAUGCAUGGAUAUGAAUUGAAUCAUCAAACUGAUGCCUUCUCGAAGCUCUAUAAUCUCACAGGGUAUGGAAUUGAAAUAUAUGGAGUAAACAUUGGCUAUUAUGGCUAUUUUCAAAGAAAUGAUUCAAUGGCCUGGAUCGAGAACAGUUUAAAGCAGAACCCCAAUUCUUUCAAGGUAUUUUUCUAUAAUAAUCCAAUGUUCCCUGGUUGAAAGGAUCACCAGGCAUCUUAUGAAGAGGUCCGAACCAAUAUUGAACUUAGACAGAUCUUUGCAAAGUAUCGUGUUGAUGUUGCCUUUGAAAACCAUGAAAAUAUGUACAAAGUUUCUAACACAUUGAGAGAUAAAGCAGUGGUUGAGGAUAAUAAGGGUACAAUGUACUUUGGAGGAGGAAAUUGGGGAAGCAUUCCAACCAAAUGUAAUAUCGAGCAUUCAGAUCUCUAUUAUAUUUACCGUGUUUCUAAAGACAACCAUGUGUAUCUGCUUAAUAUCAGAUCAGAUGCUUCAGGAAUUUCAAAGGAAGUCAUGAGCAUAAAAAAUACAGGAGAGCCCUUAGACACAUUUGCUUUUUAAACUACUCUUCAA